AUGCACCUGCAAUCCAAGCUCUCAGGACUUGUCAGCAAGCCAGCUGAAAAAUCAGCCUCAGUUCGAGCGUUCAUGCUGCACAUGUACUGGUCAUCAGCUGAACCCAUGACCAAGGAGCAACUCGAGUUGAAAGAGGAGUUGAUGCAGCGAUUAGUGGAUUCAAAAUUGCUUGGGGCAGCUCUCCAGGAUUUCAGGCGAGAGGCUGAAAUUUCCAGGCAGCUUUUUGCUCACUUCACCAGGACCUGGCGUGAUCGCCAGAUUUACUGGCUGGCAAAGGAACGAGCAAGGGUUCAACAAGACCUAUUAGUGGUGAUCGUGGAUAGUUAUGACCAUGCAAAAAUGUCUCUGCCCAAAUUUCCAAAUGGACGAACCCCAAAGAGAAGUCUCUACGAAAACACAAGGCGAACAUUCUUGACCCUCACAGGGUGCAUAGUGCACGGCAUGGGACUUUAUCGAUACACCUCAGAUGAAGGAAUGCCUGGUGGUUCAAAUUGGACCCUUGAAUGUGUGAUGAAGUCUAUCGACCACUCCUGGGCACGGCGAAGGGCUUCCAACAAGGAGAUGCCCAGGGAGUGUCUUCACAAGAAGCUCAGCCCCCUGUUUCACAAGAGCGGCAUGGACUUCAGGAUUGAGCAUAUCGAUACAGUCAGAAAUUGGUGUCAGCUUAUGCCAACAUCAUCGACUUUGAAGAAUGCUUAUCGUGGCCGUAAGUCUGAUGAAGAGACCAACAUGAAAGUUCCUCAAUCCUUUUCAUUCAUGUGCCGGGAAGACAUGCCGGGACAAGGACAUGGAAUACAAACAGAUGACAAUGUACCGAGGAGGUUACGGACCCAAGGUGACCUUAGAGAUGUGUUCGCCAUGGUGAAGAGUUACAUGAGUGAUACAGUUCUCAUCCAACCUCCACUCCUGGUAUACCCAACAGCCUUUCAAAGUAGCACUGAGCGCUAUUUUAAUGAAGUGAACCGUACAGAGCAUGUUGUACAGCAAUCUCUAGAUUCAGAUCGUGCAGCCGAUCUAGCCGCUAUUGCUGAUGCUAUCAGCAAGGAUUUCCCUCACAUGGAAAGGAGUGUACGAUACUACAGGAGCUUAAUUGAUCAGGGUCGGCCCAGGAAACCAUACUCAAGGAUUGGUUUCUUGGAAGCAGGGCCAAUGGUACAGCCUCCUAUGGGGAAUAUUCAACUGGGAGCAGAACCGCCUGAACCAAGAAACCAUUGGUUACAGGUGAUUGCCAAAACCAACCUGGGGCAGCAUGUGCAAGAUGUUCUAGGUGAUCCCGCAGUGAAGAAGCAGGUGCUGCAGCGCUUGACUAUCGACCGAUUUGAGAACAUUGACCCGAAGCCCACCUUGACCUUGGAAUGGUCCAAUGAGCAGCUUGAGCAUCCUGAAGUAACCUCUAUGCUGAGGAGUUUCCGAUGGAAACAAGCUCCAAGUGCUUUGGAUCUCCUGGGGGCUAUAGGGCAAGCAGUGGAUGUAGAGCUUCGGGCGGCUAAGGCCAAGCCAGGGGCUUCCAAGGCAUUAAAGGACUUGCUGUCGAAAUGCAUCACAGAGUUCAACAAGCUGAUGCGUUCCCCUCCGGACAUGGGCAAGAUCCUUCACAGCCAUUAUGAUUUCGAGCGAAAGGUGUCCAAGGAAUCGACCAACAAGUCGAAGAAAGCGGCACAACUUGAUGAAGAUCAGAGCACGGCCCUCUUCGACAUUUGUUGCUUGUGGAUAUGGUUGAAGGAGAAAAUGGAGAAGGAGUUUGCAGGGGAGAUUGUAGAUCAACAUGCUGCCAUGUUCAUGAAAGGGAGCUUGGACGCAGAUCUUGGCGCCAUCAUGAGAGCCGCUGAGGAGUUUUCCUGGGAACGCAUCCCUUUCAUCUUGGAGGUGAGUGAGAAAGAAUCUGCAAAGCGGCGCACGAAGCUGAUUGGGCAGCUUGAGGCCAUGGCUGAGCUUCACAAACGAGCUUGGGACCUGGUCGGAACCUACCUGGCAUCGAACUUACGGUUCUUUGCAGGUGCAGCCAAGGAGGCGGAAUCAACAGUGCUUCCCCUACUUACAAGCUAUGUUGAUGAAGCAUUCGCAGACAUACCGGAGUGCCGAUCGACGGACGAUCACGGUGUGGUCCUUUGGAUCAAUUUACCAUGUUGUGGAGUUGUGCCACUUCACAAGUAUGAAUGGUGUGUGACAGCGGUGUCAAACAUCUUGGCCCUCUAUCGUCGCAAUGGGAUCGCAUUUGUGGUUCAUGCCAACAGGGGUCAAGUUGCUGAGAGGAAGGUGAAAACUUCCAAAGAUGAGGAUGAGGACGUCAAGGAUGAACCUGAUGAGCUGAUGGAUUUCAUCAAGAAAGAUGAGAUGGAGUCUGGCAGUGAUGAUGAGCAGGAAACUACUGGCCCCAACCAGGAAGAUUCUGACAUUCGAGACAUGAAGUACCGACUUGAGAAAGAUCUGUCGCUGAAAGAACGCCAGUUGGUGAUCAGAAACAUCACAUGGGUGUUUGACAAGGACUCCGUGUAUGGUCGCCGGGAUGGUGCAAUCACUGGCCUUGCUGUCAUACAUCGUGAUCGCGCCAAUGCUUUCAAAACCUCACCAGGAUACAGGAGUGGGGUCAUUCAUGAUGUGCAAAUGCUGCAACGUGCCCAGAUGUUCAAACCUCCUGCACAGCAGAACCGGCAGAACCUGCCCCAUCUUGGAAGGGCCUUUACAGACACCCAGGAGAUGAAACAGGUGGCUGGUGGCACUGACAUCGUGAAACGGACCUUGGCCAGCUUCAUCCCUCCCAGCAUGCACACCACUAUGAUUCUGGAUUUGCUGGCUUACGAUGCAUUUCCAGCACUGGCUGCACUUGAGGAGGUGGCCUCUUCAAAGCGUAUGAUGUGCGGAUCAGUGGUCUUGAACGCGGCGCCUGGCACAUUGCAGACUCGAGUUGCCAAUGCUUUGUAUGAAUCAUGCCGGAAUGGGAGCGCAGUCCUACCCAACUUUCCAGAGUAUGAACCGGUGGUGAAAGCUUUGCAGGAGAACAACACCAUUGACAACUCUGUUGGGUACAAAGUGUGCGUGGCAAAGUGUGGGCGCUUACUGGUGCUGCAGUCUUUGGCUCGUCGAUGGACUGAGUAUGAGGGAACCAAAGAUCGUGCACAUGAGCUGAUUGUCGAGCACAACAAAGGCUUCAAUGUGGAUGGGGACUACAUGGAAGAUGAUGAAAGGCCUUCCACCACUGAUGCCGCAGAGCGGCCGGCCAAAAAGAUCAAGCUCAGUGACCUCACCACCUGCACCGAAGCUGACAUUGCAAGCUUGACCAAGCCGCGCAAGUUCAGCAUCAAUGGCUCAGCAGAAUUGAUUACCGAUGGCUCUGGUGAAGCACUGUACUUGGUGACCCGUUCCCGCAAUCAGUUUCUCCAACAUCGUGAGCUGCUGGAAUCGAGUGGUGAAGGAGGAACCAAGACUGUGGUUCCGAUCCGUCCAGUGGCCCUGACAGCUGGAAUCCUUGAUGUGAAUGAAGGCAUUUUGCGCUUGAUGCCUUUAGCCUCAGCAGUGUUCUACGAGCAUCCCGUUCUACGGGGUCCUCUUCAGCGGCGCCAGUGCCAUGGUCCAGAUGAUGAUGAAAGUGAUGACCUAGAGGGGUUGGACCGCAUUUUGCAAUUCGAUGCUGAUGGAAACCCCAAGAAAAGGCCGUCGUCCAGGUUGGAAGAGGAAGCGGAGUUUCCAACCCAAGAGUAUGUCAUGCCGGAAUGCUAUGAUUGGUUGGGAAGUAUCCCAGGGGAUGACCGCCCCUGCAAGGAAACAGGAGAUGACAGGGACUUGGACGUGAUUCUGACACAGGUUUCACCUGGUGUUAGGUCUUGGCCGUAUCCAGACAAUCAAGAAGGGCUUGAAUCCUCAGCCUCCCCUGCUAAGACAGAGAUGGACACCACUGAACCCAAGAACCUUCGUCGACUUGAUGCACAGUUCUUCUCGACUGAUCUUGAGCCACGUGAGCUUUUCAAGGAUAUGUCCGGGAACAAUGAUGAGACGCUGCAUCCUUCACCUCCUCAUGAAUCCUUGGAUUAUGACAUGAUGUCUGAGGAUAAGGGUGAGUUUGAUGGUGGUGAUGUUAUGACAGUUGAAGCAUCGCCUGGGGAACUUGGUGAUGACACACUGGGUGAUGAAAACCCAAUGACUGAGGGUCCUUGUCAUGAUACACCUCCCAUGGAUGAAGAACCAAUGACUGGGGGACCUGUUGAUGACACUGGGAGACCUGGUGAUGUCACACCUCCCACCGAGAACCUCUUGCGACCUAGUGCAAAGAAACGUGCAAGGGUGCCCAAGGAGAAGCUGAAGCCAGAGCGCAAAUCAAAACCAGUGGCCAAGCCAAAGCAAGCAGCACACAAGGAUGCAACGAGCAAGAAGAAAGGCACACAGGACAAUGCAAAGAGCACAACAAAGAACAGUGCAAUGGACAGUGCAAAGAACAGUGCAAAGAACAAUGCAAAGAACAAUGCAAAGAAGCCCUCCAAAGCAGCUUGCAAACCGAAGGCGAAAGCCAAAUCGAAAACAACUGCCCGUGGUGCCUCCCGCAAACAGAGCAAGAAACAUGAUGUAUACUGUGCUGGGUGGUUGGCAGCAAAGAAUGAGGGUUUGUCACCGCCAGAGGCGAAAGUUGCUGGUAUGGACUCCCGGCGUAAGUGCCUGGGGACAAACAUUGAACCCAUACUUUUGAUGUUGUGGUUAUUUGUUGAAAACUUCCUGUCAUUGGAACCUUUGCCGGAAACCAUCCUGUUACUGGAACCUUUGCCGGAAACCAUCCUGUUACUGGAACCUUGGCCAGAAGCCAUCUUAGGUGGAUUAUUGAGCAUGGUCCACGUGAUCAUCCGACUGUGA